AUGCGAACACACUUCAAAGCUGUUCAUUCGAAUGAGCGACCUCACAAAUGCAAUUACUGUGAUAAAACUUUUACUCGAAUGCAUUGUCUCCGGGUGCACGAAAAGUCUGUUCAUUUGAAGCAACGACCUCAUACAUGUGAACAUUGUGGUAAAUCGUUUGCGGAGAAGGGGAAUCUACGACAACACCUGAAAUCUGUGCAUUCGAUGCAUGCCUUCACAGGAGAUGCAACCAGCAAUGGUACCGCAAAUCAGCAUUGGUGAUGAAAUAUUGGAAACUACCUUGGACGUGUCGUUUCCACUCACCAGCAGUUGCCCAGUGUGCUUCGUAUCCGCGUAUCGAAGUAGCUGCCGCAUUCGGAAGCUUGAGGACUGAGAGUGGAACAAUCACCUGCUUACCGUUGGCACGAACUUGAUGGGGAUCAGAUCCAUGGUGCUGUCUGUUAUUAUCUGCGGCAGCGGAACG